ACACUCCUUUUCAGCGGACAAACGGAAAUUAAAAAUCAGAACUUCCAAGCUGAUUUAAAGUGUUUUAUAUCCUGCCUGACUGAGAGAAGGCUCAGUUUGCGUAUAGUAUCGUCCACGUAACGGGAAUUUCCUCCAUUUAAAAAAGGGCCAGUAUACUGACAAUAUCGUUGCCGGUUAUUCAAACUGCGACAUCUGCUAUAAAACAGAAAAAAAAACCAAACGAAAGGAUAUAUAUAGCCAGAUUGAGAUUUCCUGCAAUUGGCAAGAACACGGUGAUAGUGCAUCAGCAGUUGAUGUCGUCCUUCGCCAUGAAUGGAUAAUGUUCUCGGCUGAAAUAAAAGACCGGAUAUCUGAUUACUACCGUUUUGCACGUUUCCAUUUAAAUUCCAAACCUAAUGAUGGGCUGUACAUCAUCACAGCCUCUGCCUCCAGGUGGCAUCAAUGCUGCUGCUGACCCUGAGAAGUUGGUGGACAAUUCAAAUCCUCAGGCAUCAGAAGUUUCUUCCGCUGACAAGUACCCACCUGCGGAGGCGUUUGAAGUCUCUUUGGAUGAUGUUGACAACGACAACGACAACGACCGAAGUGAUAGCCUAAUCAAAAAGCAUCCUCCGAAGCGAUUGCAAAAGUUAGUCGAGCAAGCGGCAACAGCUGUUCCAGCAACCACCAUUGAACAUUUGGAAGAGAAACUGGCCAAGGCAGAAGUUAGACGUCAGCAGUACAUUCAGCAGAGAAUCGAAAACAUCAUAACUCUAACAUCUAAAGGAGGUCCUACUGGUGGUGGUAGUGGAGAUGUAGAUGAAGAUGGAGAUGUAGAAAAAAACAAGGAUGACGACAAGGACGACCAAAAGGAUGGCCAAAAAGAUGGUGAAGCAGCUGUCAUUGUAUCCAGUAGUACUACCACUACAACCACUAGCAGCAACAGCAGUCAUCAGGAUGCUGAUGUUGUCGUCCAACCGACAGCAUCGUUGAAUGAGACUUCUUUAAGUGUGGACAAGGAGCAUGUUGAUGGUGAUCAUCAUCAGAAUCAUGCUAAAGACAACGAUGCUGCACAUCACUAAUGGUGCAAAGUUUUUUUUAAUUUUCUAUUUUUUUUUUCUAUUUAAAUAAAUCAAUAAACUAUAAAAAUUAAUUCUAGCGAAAGGUGAUAGACAUUAAGGGGUGCAGUUUUACAUUUUUUUUGUGCAAUAAAUUAGUUUUUAAUUCAU